CUUUCUCCAGACUAGUUCCAAAACAUGUACUUGUAUUAUUAUUCAAUAACAAUAUUGGUACUCUGCAGCACACUCUCCCAUUUGUCGGCUGCCAAUGUGAUACCCAAAACGCAAGUCCACGUAAGAGACGGUAUACCGAAUGGGAUCCCAGUGGAUAUUGCACCUUUUAAGAAAAUCGGCGACAAGUACUACUUUAUUGAAGAAGGCGUUGCGCUAAAUUGGUUUGAAGCAGACCAUAAAUGUCACCAACUAGGUGGCCAUCUGUUGCAUUUGGAGUCCGAGGCGGAGCUAAAGGCCAUUGAACAACAUAUGACGGGUCGGCAUUAUUAUUGGACGGAUAUAACCGAUCUGGGGCAGAGCGGCAAUUAUGUUUCGACUACCACAGGCCUAAAAGCAACAUUUUUAAAAUGGCUUCCAAAUGAGCCGAAUAAUUAUGGUGGCAACGAACAUUGUAUUCACUUGUGGGAUACCAACCACUCAAUGAAUGAUUAUAAUUGCAAACAACCUUUACAUUUUAUCUGCGAAAAAAAUAGCCCACGUACGGUUUCAGUAGUUGUUUGGUAAAGAUAACAGGGCCUUUGGUAAAACAGUUAACUAACUAAUGAACUAACGUCAAUAAUUAGGCAUUGAUUGCAAAAACCGAUGUAUUAGAAGCCCAACGGCAUCUAAUUGAUGUAAAGUCAAUAAAAUCAAUCAACGAUUUGCGAGCAUA